AUGCCGCUCUCCCCAGAACCACCGGGUUCGCCCCCGAACUCAUCCAACGAUUCCUUGAAACGCCAUUCCCGCUACACCUACCGUCAUUUCCAGCUUCUCCGACAAGCGUCCCCUGCCUCGCCGCUCCGCGUAAUAGCACACAUCGACCUCGAUGCCUUCUACGCACAAUGCGAGAUGGUCCGGCUAGGGACGCCGCGCGAGAGGCCGCUUGCCGUUCAGCAGUGGGACUCGCUCAUCGCGAUCAACUAUCCGGCGCGCAAAUUCGGCAUUACGCGGAUGAUCAGCGCGAAGGAGGCGAAGGCUAAGUGCGCGGAUAUUGUCCUUCAGCAUGUUGCUACAUUUCGAGAGGGCGAGGGCGGCAAGUGGGCGUAUAGAGAGGAUGCGUGGAAGAAUAUCGGGACGGACAAGGUCUGUCUUGAUCCGUACCGGGCGGAAUCGCGGAAGAUCCUAGGGACGAUCAAGCGAGAGUUGUCGAAGUGUUAUUCCGAGCUCAAUGGUGAUUUGUCUGGGCUGGGAUUGAGCAGUCAAAUCAAAUUGCAGGAAGCGCUUGUUGAGAAAGCGAGUGUUGACGAGGUUUUCAUUGACCUUUCUCCACUAGUUUUCGGGGUCCUGCUCCAGCGGUACCCCGAGAUGCGCGAGAAGCCGCAUGGAGACGAUCGGGUUGCGUUGCUGCCUUGUCCGCCAACAACUGCGCUGGAAUGGGAUACUGAGGAUUGCUUAGUUGACCUUGACGAGAACGAGACUGAGGUCGAUGACCCGGACUGGGACGAUGUUGCCAUGCUUAUCGGCGCUGAAAUUGUUCGAUCCGUCCGAACGGCCGUUUGGAAUUCACUUAGCUACACCUGCUCCGCAGGCAUCGCGAAAAACAAGAUGAUGGCGAAGCUGGGCAGUGCAACGAACAAACCCAAUAAGCAAACCGUCGUUCGCAAUCGUGCGAUCCAGAACUUCCUCAGCGGCUUCAAGUUCACCAAGAUCCGGAUGCUUGGCGGCAAACUAGGAGACCAGGUCACUGCAAUGUUUGGAACAGAACAGAUCAGCGAACUCCUCAAAGUGUCGCUUGAGCAAUUCCGCGCUAAGCUGAACGAUGACACGGCAGUUUGGUUGUACGGUAUUAUUCGUGGCGAAGAUAAAAGCGAAGUCAACCCCAGGACGCAAAUAAAGUCCAUGCUUUCAGCAAAAUCCUUUCGGCCGAGUAUAAAUACCCUCGAUCAGGCAGAUAAAUGGCUCCAUAUUUUUGCGGCAGAUAUAUAUGGUCGCCUUGUGGAAGAAGGCGUCCUUGAGCACAAGCGGCGGCCGAAAACCAUUGCGCUGCACCACCGGCAAGGUGCGCAGGUUAAAUCCCGGCAAUUGCCAAUCCCCGGGUCAGCUACUAUUGAUGAAGACUUACUCUUUGAGCUUGGGAAGACAUUGCUCCGGCAGAUUGCUGCAGAUGGGGCUGCAUGGCCGUGUGCGAAUAUCUCAAUGAGUGUUGGCGGAUUUGAAGACGGGACGUCUAAGAAUCAGGCAAUUGAUGGCUUUUUGCUACGCGGCGACCAGGCGAGGAACAUGGCGUCUUCGUCGUCGAGCCGGGUUCAUGUGGCGGAUGAGGUACCCGCAGAACACCAACCGAUUGAAAAGCGAAGAAAAGUCGAAGAUAGCGGGUUAAGACGCUUUUUCAACAAGCCAUCAGAAACGGACGGGCCGGGCCACUCUUUUGACAAGGGUCAUAUGGCAGACACUCCCGACAUCAACGUUGACAAUGCACAACUUGAUGAUCAUGUUGCGUCUGACGGCGAGAUUGAGCAGGUACAUUCAAAAUCUUUCAGAUGCCCUCGUUGUGGUAGGUACAUAAAUUGUGGUGAGGAAGACGAACACAAUGAUUGGCACUUUGCAAAGGAUCUCGAAACUCAGGAAAGACAAGCAGCCAGAAGUUCUCAGGCUGCUCAGCUACCCAACAGAGCGGCUUCAGGUUCCCGGUCAAAACCUGCUCGCGGCGGGCGGGGAGGCAAAUCGGAGAAGGGUCAAACACGACUUACGUUUGGAUGA